AUGAGUGAAGAGAAUAAUAAUAAUAAACAACAUGUUCCGUUGUUCUUUACAGAUAGUAGUGAGGUGUUGCUGCAUGAUCACGAUAAAGACAAGGCAGAGAAACAAGCGGCACUCGAAAAACAAAAGGAACAACAACAGAUGUUUUCAGAUGACUACUUUGAGAUCGAUACUAGUGCAGAGACUAUAAAGCGGUUUUCAUUCAAGAGAGUUGCUCUUCAACUCCCGGAUAGUCUGUUGUGGGCAGCCAGAACGAUCGUGUCACACAUCGAAUCACGUUGUGACAAUCAAUGUAAGGUAUUCAUUCUCGGUGAUACUUCCUAUGGUUCCUGUUGCGUAGAUGAGGUGACAGCAUCACAUUUAAAAGCAGAUUUUAUCAUUCAUUAUGGUCAUUCUUGUCUUUCACCAGCAACUAAAUUACCAGUUCAAUAUGUAUUUGGAAAGAAGACCAUAGAUUCAGAUGGUUUUAUCAAUAGCUAUAAGAACCAAUUCAAGAACGAUGAAAAGACAAUUGUAUUCUAUUCACUAGAGUAUUCACAUCAGGUUAAAUCAAUUUCAAAUAGUCUAAAAGAAUAUCAAUCAGAGAAUGUUGUAAUCACAGAUAUCGAUAAUUUUAAUAAUAUAUAUUAUAGUCAAUCAUUUUUAAAUAAUAAUAAUAAUAUAGAUAGUGAUAGUAGUAUAUGUAAUAAUAAUAAUACACAACAAGAAUGUUGUGGUCAAAAAGAUAAAGAAUCGCAACAAUCAACAAGUUGUUGUAGUACCGAUAAUAAUAGUAAUAGUAAUAGCUGUUGUUCUAAUACAUCUACAUCUUCAUGUUCAACAAAUAACAACAACAACAACAAUAAUAAUAAUAACAAUAGUAAUGAUAUAGAUAGUAAAUUAGUAUUUGGUAGAAAGCUAUCAAUUGAUCUAAAGGAUAUAGAACAAUAUAAAAUACUAUGGAUUGGUGAUGAAUGUUUAACAUUAACCAAUUUAUUGAUGAAUUUUAAUAAGAAUAAUUUUUAUAGAUAUAAUCCAGAGAAUAACAGUAUUCAACAAGUAACACUCUCAAGAAAUCAAUCAUUGAUGAAGAGAUAUUAUAUUUCGAAUAAAUGUAAAGAAGCGAAUAUCAUUGGUAUAGUAGUUGCUACUUUAACAGUUCAGAAAUACUCUGAAACCAUCGAUAGUUUAAAAAAGUUAAUCAUUAAAAAUGGAAAGAAACCCUAUGUUUUUGUUGUCGGUCGUUUGAAUGUACCAAAGUUGGCGAAUUUCUCAGAGAUUGACAUCUUUGUGAUUGUCGCUUGUCCAGAGAACACCAUUGUCGAUUCGAAAGAGUAUUACAAACCAAUUGCUACACCAUUCGAAUUGAACUUGGCACUCAGUGGCAAUGAAUGGUCCGGCGAAUACGUAACGGAUUUCGGUAAACUCUUCCCAAGACUAGUAGAUCAAUUAAGUAAAGAUGAAAACAACGAUAACAACAAAGAUAAUAGCAACAGGGAAGAGCGUGCAGAAGAUGAUGUCAGUGAUGAUGAAGGUAACAGAUAUCAUUUCUCAUUGACAACAGGAAAGAUUAUGAAAUAUUAUAGUAAUACAAGUGGUAUUAACAACAACAAUAACAAUCAGAACAGCAAUAAUAAUGGUGAAAUAGUUUCAGUUGAUAAUAAAUUUAAACAGCUGUCUACCACUGGUGCUGCUACCAAUGCUAGUGAAUACUUUGCCGGUCGUACCUACCGAGGUUUGGAAACAAAGAUCGGUGAGACAGAGGUGAUCAAAGCAGUCGUAGGAAAGACAGGUAUACCAAAAUCCUAUGAUAAUGAUAUUGCCAAUCAAUAA